CUACAAGAAGCCUUUCUCAAUCCUUUUCCUAAUUAUUACUUUCCCCUUGUAUCUCUUCUCAAAGCGUUGGAAUUCUGGGAAUUCUUUUUUUUUUAACGGGGGUGGGGCCAGCCAGCAUGCGCAUAACUGCCGCCGCCUUUCUCGCGGCAACUGGGGUCACUCUCAGCACUUCCUGUUCCUUGGAAGUUUGCCCAUGGCCUCAACUAGUUGUCCAUCAGACUUGCGGAGCGCAGGAUUUUGAAAAUGGCUACAACCUUCACCAGAUGGGAUUCGCGACAGAUCCGAAAGGAUGGAUCGAUACUAAGCGUUGUGUCAGGAAGUUCUUCUGCUUGUUCGCAAACCAGCAGUUCGCGGGAGGACAAGGCAUCGCAUUUAUAUCUACCCGCGAGAACUUCGAGAGGAUCAAGGAAAUUGUAGAGGGAUCCUCCGCAAGUCACGAAGGGGGCACGGCACUGUUACCGGAGCCAUUUCACUCCGCCCAGAUCAAGGGCAAAGGGAUGGGCCUCGUCGCCGACAAGCCUCUCCGCCGCGGAGCAAGACUCAUGUCCAUGCCACCGGUCUUCAUCGCCCAUCGAAAUUUCCUGGAGCGAGUCCCUCCGGACUACCAGGGCCCGCUGCUCGAUUUGGCCGUGGACUUGCUGCCGCCUUCGACGCGGGCCGUGUUCCUGUCGCAGAUGACGCGCUUUGCCGGCAACCGGGCCGCCGACAUCAUGGCGACAAACUCGUUCCAGAUGAACCUCGGUGGGGAAGACGGCCACCACUUUGGCAACUACCCAGCCGUCUCCCGCUUCAACCACGAUUGCCGUCCCAACGUGGCCUUUCAUAUCGAUGGAGACCUCGUUCACACCACCACUGUGGUCCGCGACAUAAAGCCUGGGGAAGAGCUGACCGUCUCCUACCUCGACAAUGCCGAACCUCGGGCACUACGCCAGAUACGGGCCCGCCAGACAUGGGGCUUCGAGUGUACCUGUUCGCACUGCAGCCUACCCGAGAGCUUGGUCGCCGAAUCGGACAGGAGGCUCCAAGAGAUUUCUCAGAUAGCGGACAAACUCACCAAUCCUCAGGGCGGCGAGGUCACCCCGGCGUUGAUAAAGCGAUUCAUCAAGUUGCACGAGGACGAGCGUCUGGACUCGACCAUGGCCACUCCGUAUUCCCUGGCCGCGUUGAACUUCUACAUCCUGAAGGACGAGAAAAUGGCAGUGAAGUAUGCCAAGCUGGCGGUUGAGGCUGGAACCAUCGAGAGUGGCCCCGAAUCCCAGACAGUGAAGUCGGUGAAAGGCUUGAUUCAGAACCUGACACAGAAACCCGGCUGAGGAUCCAGUCCUUGAUUGAUUCUGAUGAUCAAUCUCUUGAGUGCAACAAACUUGGCUUCACCACAGAUGCCGAGGAAGGACAGAGUCUGAAUGGUCUGAAUGGGGCAGUGUGCAGUGUGCCCUGUUACAACAAUGGCCGUGUAUUCAUAUUAGACGAGGGUCACUGUCUAGGAUAGGGUUAGGAAAUGGCGAAUGGGAUUGCGUUGUGGAGACUCCUGGAGCCCACGUUAUGACUACUGUUGGGUGGUUCUAUGGUAACGGACUCGAAUACUCCUUUUAAGAUAUCCUGUCUUUUAUCUGUUUCGUUUUCCUCCACAACCGUCUAUUCUAUUCUGACUCGUCUAAACUUCCCGCAGAAAUUCUCGUGUCUAAGAGACUGGGGGACUUGCUUCGCCACCUCGGUGAGAAGCGGUUGCGAAGUCUAGGAGCAUCUCUUAUUAAGCUAGAGAAACUUUACGUCUAGCGGCCUUGGGCUCUUUUUGAGGGCGUACUG